AUGGUAUCCCUUCAAGAAGAUGGUACACAUACCAUCGCGUCAUUAUAUGAUUCGAUUGGUGUAAAAUAUGAAAAAGCCUUUGCUGAUAUUCCGGCGCAGCAAAAGUCUCUUGAUUGGAUCAUCUCUCAACUUCCUGGCACGGGUCGCAAAAUCCUUGACAUUGGCUGUGGAACUGGUCGUCCUGUUGCGCAGAUAUUAUCUUCUUCCCCUCACAAUCACCUUGUUCAUGGUAUCGAUGUUUCGGAAGAGAUGCUCUCUGCCGCUCGCCAAUCAGUUCCCUCCGCCACCUUUGAGCUGAUUGACGUCCGCAACUUUGAGCCAGAAGCGGCAAGCUUUGAUGCUGUGACGUCGUACUUUGCUCUACUUGUGAGCAUCUCUCAAAAUGAGAUUCGAGAGACGAUAAAAAAAGUUUUUGACUGGCUAAAACCAGGUGGCAUAUUUGUUUUAGGCACAAUUCCAGUUGAUAUGGAAUUUGAGGUAGACAAGUGGCUUGGCAGAAGAAUGCUAGCAACAUCAAUGUCGGAGGAGCAAUACAUUGCGGCCUUCAAGCAGGUGGGCUUUGAUAUAGAAUUUUCGGAGGUGGAGGUUUUUAUACCUAAAACUGUGGAAACUGGCCUUGAUGAGGAGGACAAGGGGGAGCCUCAAUUGUACAUAUAUGCGCGCAAGCCGUGA